AUGGUCCACCACCUAGAUUCAAAAUGGCACUUGACAUCCAAACAUCAAUGCUGUAAAAGCACUGACAUGUGGACAACUGAGCUGCUCAACCAAAUCAUGGCAAGCCUCCAUGCUCAGGAUAUUGAAAUUACUGCUAGCAGCCUACAGGUGUCUAUAAAAAAUUACCUGGGCAACCUCUUAUACCACCCCAAAGUGCUGCUGUCAGAGUUUCGACAGAUGAAUCAUCCACAUUUUCAAACAGCAAUGAAGUAUCUCUUUGGCAGCAAGCAGGAACAUUUGGAGUUGGGAAAUAUUGUUAUCGAUCUGGCCGGCAUAAGAGAGAGAAUUUUCCAAAGUCCAGGAGGAAACAGGACAUUGUUCCUCGUUACUCUGGAAAGGUGCUUCCUGAUGCUGAACGCUGUGGAAUGUGUGGACAUAUUAAGCCAGGUCCUUCAGGCAUCAUCAAUGACCUACCUGCAACUCCACACCAUAGCAAGGCUCCCAAACGAUCUACAAGAAGAUGCUUUUCGAAACCUAUCAACCGUGUUCAGAGACCUCUAUGACAGAACAGGAGCAAAUGCGCAAAAGGCUCUAUACAACUGGAUGACACAGAUGCUACAAAAAUCCUACAGUUCCAAACCGGAGAAUUCUACUUCGUGGGUCAGUGCAGACAACCUAUGGAUCCUAGGAAGAUAUAUGGUUCACCUCCCACUGGAAGAAAUCACAAAAAUUAACCCUAAUGAAAUGAGAUUGUUCAUCAGUUAUGACAAUGCUACAAAGCAGCUUGAUACCGUGUAUGACAUCACACCGGAUCUUUCGCUAGCUUUCUUGGAAAGAAUAAAUGCAUCAGGAUUUGAUAUGAGAAAUACCUCAACUCUCUACAGGUUAGGCUUGCUGGUUUGUUUUUACAAUGGCCUGGAACAGAUGGAUGCCAAUGUGGCCCGGGUACUGCUUCAUCAAAUGAUUAAAUGUAACCAGCUGAGGGGUUUCCAAGCUGAUGUUCAAAAGCUCAAAUCCCAACUUCUUGACAUUGCCAUGCAAAACCAGACAUUGAACGACACUCUUGGGUCACUCUCGGACGCAGUCGUGGGACUAACUAUCAGUCAGUUGGAGUCUCUCUCACCUGAGGCUGUGCACAGCGCUAUUCCAACCUUAAACCAAGUCUCUGGAUGGGCCAAGAGCCAGAUCAUGAUUUUAUCCAGCAAAUACCUGAUGUAUGAAAAGGCUUUGUCGUUUCAUAAUAUAAGUCAAAUGGGUGCUUUGGUGACUGGGAUCAGCACCCAGGCAUUCCACAACAUGAGUCCCAAAGAGCUCUCUCAGGUUGUCAGAGGCGCACUGGCGCAACGUGCAUCAGAUUUGUCACCAGCACAGCACCAAGGGAUCCUCCGGAAGAUGAUCGAAUCCACGGAGCUGGUGUCAGUGAUUGCCGAUAUGCAGGGGGCCUUUUUUAAAGAGGUGUCACUUGUUACUUUGUGGAUGGAGGAAGGACUGAACUCUUCACUGGUGAAAGACAAAGAAUUAAGGCCAAGUCAGGCCUUGUUUCUGUAUGAAUUAUUGUCAAAGAAAACCCCUCCUCCCGACCUCUUAAGCAUCAGCCAAUUGGUGAAAGGAGUAACGUGCGGUCAGCUUGAGAGUAUGAGCACUGUCUCUUUUUUAAACACAUUCAAAGUUUUUGAAAAGAAUCUUCACCUGCUGUCGCCAUAUCAGAUCAAUUGUCUGGCUUGGAAAUUUUGGAUACUCUCCAAUGCAUCUGUGCCUCCCUAUCUCUUAUCAGUGCUUCCCGCUGAGUAUCUGGAAUCCAUUUCAGGACCUCUCUGUGCUCCUUUUGUGACCAGCCUGGGGAAGCUUGAACUUGACCGUCUUGUUUCAAAUAAGCAGAAGAAACAAGCAAUUCUGCAAAAAGUGCUAGACUGCCUGAACGGCUCGGCCAUCGAUGAAUAUGACAUUGACUUGCUUGGAAAUCUCAUUUGCCAUCUACCCCCGGAGUUUAUUUGUGAGGGAAUCUCGCGGGAAGCGAUGGCAACAGCCCUUCACCAGUUCGGUCUAUGCCGUCAUCUCAGCGAUGAUCAGAAGAUGGAAAUCAAGCGCAGACUUAUUGAAUUGCACGGUUCCCCAGGAAACUGGACAGCUGAAACCACGAGGGACGUUGGAUCGUUCGUAGCCCUUUUGCCAAAAGCUGAAUUAAACAUCCUCGUGGAAAAGUUUCCUGAUACCAUCUCAGAAAUAGCAUCAAAGAUGACUGGGCCAGUUCUGCCAACCGAGGAGCUGCUCUUGGCUCAAUUUGAAUCUAUCCACAACUCCAGCAUCCCAGGGGGAACACCUGAUUUGACUUCUGAUUGCACAGACGUCAUGGCACCUUCCUCAGAGGAGAUUAUGAAAUUAUCUGAAGCCAACAUGUUCUGGUCAGCUCAAGAGCUGGCCUGCAUGGAUCCAGGCACUUUCGCCAAGACUGUGGAAUUCCUUGGCUCCGUGGUCCGUUUCGAUACCUCUCAGCUUGUUGCGCUGAAAGAGAAAGCUAAGGAGUCUUGGGGCCCCCUGACAAGCUGGAAGAGCUACCACAUAGUUUCCCUUGGGCACAUUGCUGCGGUGCUAAAUGAGACUGAAAUUGGAAUGCUGGAUUUGGGUUCUAUUGAUACCGUUGUUGCACUCAGCCAGCAAACAGAAUGGAGCCCUACGCAGGCCAGGUCGAUUUUACAGGGCUUUCUGGAAGACUCAGGUCAAGGAAUGGACACCCUGAAAAGCUUUGAUUUGGCUGGACUAGGCCAUAAUCUUUGUGCUCUCAACUCCACAGAGAUUGAAACUAUAAAUGCAGUUGAGUUCAGUGCUGUUGUUUCAAGAAUUGGCUCUCUGCCAUGCAGCACAAACGUUCUGAAAGAGUUUAAGAAGAAGGCAGAGUCUGUGUUUGGAAUUGCUACAGGGUGGGACAGAUCUAUCCUGCAGGAGACUGGCAACAUUGCAGCCGGCUUAAAUGGGGAAGAAUUAAAAGCUCUUGAUAAAAAAUUGAUGCCCUAUUUCCAUCCAACAGCAAUAAAAUAUAUCCCUGAUGAAAUCUUCAAAGAGCUGUCCCCAGAUCAAAUAGCAAACCUUGGUCCUGAAAACGCUGCUGUGGUGACAGAGUUGCAGCGUCAGCAUCUCGAUGGAUUGCAGCUUCAGAGUCUUCGGCUGGCGAUGGAUGGAGCCAGAACAAGCAUCCAGGAGCUUCCGCUCCAUGAGACCACGGCCAGACCGACAUACACAUCAGUUCAGAACACUGCUCCAAUUUCCUGCAGUUUAAGUCUUUGGGUGUUUACUGCAUUCAUCCUGCAUACUGUUUCCUGAAUCAAGUUAUCACUGUUAAGAGUUUAUGG